CCAGUGCCUUAGUCGGUUAGUAUUAGCAGGAUUGAUUUGAGGAUUCGUUACAACGAGGCCUCUAUACUAUCCGGGUGCUUGUGCCUAUACCUGCUAAAUACCGUACUCACUUACGCGUACAUUGUAAGAUUACGUCGGAUUGUAAUCUUGUUACCUAAAGAAAGGGGAUGAGUUUGAGUCCAGCACUAAAUCGAGUCGCAUCAAGCCAAAAUCGGGCUUCAUGAAAACAUCAAGUGUCGUAGUUCAUGCCUGACCUCCUGAAGAUUGAGUUCCAGCGCUCUCAGGCACCAGCAAUAAGCGAUACACGCUGCCUGGGGCGCUGGGGGUGGCGGACCUGCCACCAGCAAGGCCAAAGAGGGGCAACUCUGCGUCAUUUGAGCUCCCCCCAGCUCAUCCCGACCCGAUACGUGCAAUCCACCACCGGGGCUAUGCAUCUACGCAGGCUGCUUAUUGUCCCCGCCUCGGCGCCACGCAGCGUCGACGCAUGUCCCGCCAGACAGGCAGUCCAUCAGCUUGCCAGCUCGAGUCGGCCACGAAUCCCCGAAUCCGAAUCUCCCCCUUUGUGCCCGAGCAGCUACUCGUACUUCUGUACCCGAGUCUCCCAUCUUCUUCGAAGCAUACAUAGCCUAGCCGUGCUAUUUAUUGGGCUGCCGAUAACGGGCCAUUGCAUUGUGAGGCCACAAUCACAACCCGCCGUUGCUAGUCUCCCCUGAGUUGCAUGCUAACAAAGACGUCGCUAGCCAUUGCUGAGCGGAGCUCAAUUCCUCCCCUCUACUCUAUACUCUCUACGUCCCUUCACCUCC